AUUAGCCGGAGGUUUUCUCGUACUUUCGAAAGCAUGGCUACUGCGUUGAAACUGAGGCUCGCAAUUAAAUUAGGAAAAACUCUUUCAAGACCGUUGAGUCGUAAUUUUGAGAAAGAGUUUUUGGAAAGACAAUGUCGACGGCUAUCAGUUGUAACAGGCAGUCCAGUGCGACGAUUCUCUUCUCAGACUGCAACUCAAACUCAGACUACAGAAUAUCAUAAUAUUAUAAAAGAUACCGAGAAACCUACAGGUGAAAGUAUUAAACAUGAAUUUCAAUCUGAAACACAGAUGCUCUUACAAAUUGUUGCAAAAUCAUUAUACUCUGAUAAAGAGGUAUUUGUUCGUGAGUUGAUCUCUAAUGCCAGUGAUGCUCUAGAAAAGUUACGCUACAUUAGAUUAAGUGAUAGUGAGGCUGCAGAAACUGCUGGAGAUAGAAAUUUAGAAAUUCAUAUUGCUACUGACAAACAAAAUAGAAUACUCACACUUCAAGAUACAGGAAUUGGAAUGACUAGACAGGAACUGAUAUCAAAUUUGGGUACUAUAGCUAGAUCAGGUUCUAAAGCUUUUCUAGAGAAAUUAAAAGAAAAGCAAGAUGCUGGUGAUACAUCUCAGAUUAUUGGACAAUUUGGUGUUGGGUUUUACAGUGCUUUUAUGGUUUCUGAUAAAGUAGAAGUAUUUACCAAAUCUUAUGCAAAAGAUGCUGAGGGUCUUUGUUGGUCUUCUGAUGGCUCUGGUACUUUUAAUAUAUCAACAGCUGAAGGUGUACAACCGGGAACGAAAAUUGUUGUACACUUGAAACCCGAUUGCCGAGAAUUUAGCGACGAAGAUACGAUAAAUCGAAUUAUUAACAAAUAUAGUAACUUUGUUGGCAGUCCAAUUUAUGUUAAUGGUAAAAGAGCUAACACUAUUCAGCCGUUAUGGAUGAUGGAUCCAAAAGAUAUUACACCGCUUCAACACGCAGAAUUUUAUAGGUUUAUUGGGAACUGUUUCGAUUCGCCGCGAUUUAUUCUACAUUAUAAAGCCGAUGUUCCGCUUAGUAUUAGGGCAUUGCUAUAUUUCCCAGAAGAAAGACCAGGAUUAUUCGAUUUGGCUAGAGACACGACGAGUGGUGUUUCACUGUACAGUCGCAAAAUUCUAAUUAAGAGCAAGGCAGAAAAUAUUUUACCAAAAUGGUUGCGUUUCGUUAAGGGCGUAGUCGAUUCGGAGGAUAUUCCUCUCAAUUUAAGUCGCGAGUUAUUACAGAAUAGUGCUUUAAUUGGAAAAUUGCGGAAUGUUUUAACGGCGCGUGUUUUGAAAUUUUUAAACGAACGAUCUCAGAAGCAACCUGAAGACUUUAAUCACUUUUAUAAAGAUUAUGGUCUUUUCUUAAAAGAAGGUAUCGUUACCAGUAACGACCAAAACGAAAAGGAAGACAUAUGUACACUUCUGCGAUUCGAGUCAUCUUCAAUGCCCGCCGGAGAAUUAGUUAGCAUACCGGAGUAUUGCAAGCGCUUGCCCGAAGGUCAGAAACAUGUGUAUUAUCUGUCAGCUCCUAGUCGUGUUUUAGCCGAACAAUCGCCAUAUUAUGAAUCUUUGAAAAAACGUAACGUCGAAGUGUUAUUCUGUUAUGAGUCAUACGAUGAACUAGUGUUGAUGCACUUGAGACAAUACAAAUCUUAUUCUUUAACUUCCGUCGAAAAAGAGAUGCGCGAAGGUUCGGAGUCGAGUAAAUCGGAUGACCUUGGUAUCAAUCAAGAGGAAAUCAAUAAUCUUAUGGGCUAUAUGAGAAAUGUAUUGAAAAAAAAAGCUUACGAUAUUAAGACGACAAGUCGUCUCGAAUCGCAUCCAUGCGUGAUUACGGUAAAAGAUAUGGCGAGUGCAAGGCAUUUCGUUCGAACACAAAGUCAUCAAAUAAACGAAGAAAUGCGAUACUCCAUUCUUCAGCCACGUCUCGAAAUAAAUCCAAAUCAUCCCCUCAUUAAAAAACUUGCACAACUGACAAAGUCAGAUACCAAAUUAGCGGAUCUUCUCAUAGAACAGUUGUUUACUAGCUGUAUGGUUGGAGCUGGUUUAAUAGAAGAUCCCCGGAUACUGUUAGCGCCGAUGAACGAAUUAUUGACUCUAGCGUUAGAGAAACAUUAGUUUGUAAUUAAUUUAGCGUAUUUCCAGAAUUCUUAUUCAAUAAAUCACAAAUAUUUUGUACAUAUUGAUUGAAUAAAAAAAAAUAGUUUUGUCUUUUUUUACAAUUAAAAUAA